UUCGCGUCUCCGCACGUUGAGUCCACUUUACAUCCGAGGCGAAGCUCCUCCUCUUAGCUUGCAAGCGCGCGCCGAUCUAAAUUACAAACAAUUUUUUUUUUUUUCAAAUUCUUUUUACAUAUUGCUGUGAAAUAUUUUUAUUACACUUUUUUUUCACGUUUUUUGGUUACAUAAAAAGUGAUAAAGUACUUGAAAGACGCGCCGCCAGCCAGGAUAACGCACGUGUAAAUAGUUCAAGAUGGUUCACGCCCUCGCUCGCCCCCUGCUGCUGAUGCUGCUGGUUGGCUCUGCGCUGCUCUCCGCGGAGUCGAAGACCCUGAAUCGCCGCACAGACAAGAUCUCCGAGAACUUUAAGCAACUCGACCUGCCACCAGAGGAGAUCGAUCCAAAUGUGGCCCCGCCCGAGUCACAGAAGCCGGAGGCCGCCGUUGCCGAGGCCGCUGCCGAGACAGUUGCAGAACCAGCCGCAGCCGCAGCCACAGCCGCUGCUGACGCCGUGGAGGCUGUGGACGAGACCGCCAAUGAGAUAGCCAGCGCGGAUGCUGCUGCUGCAGCACCAGUCACGGAAGCGGCCGUGGCCAAGCCAAAGCCAAAGCCAACGAAGCCAACGAAACAGGACGAUAAUCCCAUCAGCAGAUUCUGCAAGUGCACCGAGUCCCACUGCGAUUGCUGCCGCAAGUUCGGCCUGCCCCUGCUGCCGAGCGGACCGGGCUGCGCCAAGAUCGCCUACCUGGGCAACGACGAGAUGAGCGUCUCCCUCAAGUUCGGCGACAUCACGCUGGCCUCCCGCCGCAUCUCCAGCAAGCGGGCCAGGCCCAUUUGCGUGAGCAUGCCCGGCGGCUACUCCAAGUUCUGCGGCCGCGUCUACGGUCUGUCGCGGGCCCAGGAGAACUUCAAGGCUUGCCUGGCCUUCGAGCUGCGCUCCGACGACGAGCUGGAGGCCCAGCUGCCCAUCUCCUGCUUCAAGUUUGGCUCCGAGGGUCUGCGCGUCGCCGAGGCUGAGCCUUUGCCCACAAAGGUGAAGAAGCCCGAGGAGGAUGACGACGACGACAUCUUUGGCUUUGGCGCUGGCGACGAUGAGGAUGAGGAUGAGGACGAUGACUACGACGAUGGCGAGACGGCAGGUGCCUCUGCCGAGGACGACGAUGCCGAUGACUAUGCCGAAGACGAUGAUACGGAAGCGCCGGAGGACGCGGACUACGGCGGCUUCAGUCUGGGCGGCCUCCUCGACGAGCUCGACGACGAUGAGGACGAGAAGCCGGUCAAGAAGCCAGCUGUUGCUGCCGCUGCCGCUGCCACGCCCCUUGCCGAUCAGACGACACGCGAGCAUGUAGAAAUGGAUGCGCAGAGCAAAGACGAGGCCGGCACAGUUGUAGCAGCAGCAGCAGCAGCAGCACCCGCCGCAGCAGCAUCCGCCGCACCAGAUGCCUCGUCGACUGUAGCUGCUGCUGUAGAGGCUGCCGCUGCACCGGCUGUUGCGGCUGCCGAGGACAGCAGCUCCACGGCUACGACCACGUCCACGUCCACCUCGAACAAGAACAAAAAGUCGAAGAAGGCGAAAAAGAACAAGAAGAAGAAGAAGGCAGCCAACGACGCGGCAGGCGGAGAAGGCGAUUUCGCCUACGAACUGCUCAACGGCAUCCUGGAUUUUUUCAAUUGAGCGGCCAACGGGAAUACGCCAACAUGCUUGGCAACACUGUAAAUACCCUGUAUUACCGUUGAGCUGCGUUUACGGAUGGAGGAGGGGACAAAGGAGAACAGAGCGGAAUGAGAGGGGCGAGAGCGAACCGAAGAGCGGGUGAUUGCUCUAUGUGCAUUCGUUUACGAAUGGACUGAGCAAAGAGUGAGAGUGAACAGGAGCAGAUGGAUUUGGUAUCAGGAGUUAGUUUGUAGUUUUGCUUUACUUUAAUUAUUUAUGCAUGCGCGAAUAUUUGCAUUUACGAAUGGAGUGACGAAAGGAG